AAUGCCGACCCCCGCAAAUUCCUGAUCAGGUUCAACAUUGAAAUGGACCUAUAUCAGAUUCCCGACCUAGUCAGGUGUAGGUUCCUAGCAGCAACCCUGAGGGACAGUGCUCAACAAUGGUUUCAAAAGUUGGGAGGAGGAGUCAUCUCCUCUUGGGAAGGUAUGCAGCAGAUGUUCAUGACGCAAUUCCAAGCCGCAACCAAAUACGCUCCACCCGUUACUACGCUUGCCAAUGUCAAGCAGCGCGACAGUUAAACUUUGACCGCAUAUUUCAAGAGGUUUAACCAGGAAUCCAUGGGAGUGAAAGGAGCCUCAGACGAAACCCUGAAGAACUUCCUUAUCGCUGGACUCAAGGUUGGUACCGACUUCUGGAAGCACCUCCAAGGGAAGGACCCGGCCUCUCUGUCCGAGCUAUAUUCCGUAGCCGAAUCCUUCAAAAAGGUAGAGCAGUCGUUGGCCGAGAAUCAAAAGGAGAUCGCCAAAUCUAAAUACAAAAGAAAAGAUCGCACUCCCAGUCCAGAACCAAGAGGACGCGCCCGCUCUCCGGGUAGGGUAAAUAUGACUUCGAGCAAAAGAACUUGGAGUCCUCCUCCAAGACAGUCAGGAGUAUAUACCCCGUUAACAGCCUCAGCUGAACAUGUCUAUGCGAUGACCAAGGAUAAGGUGCCGUUCCAGAAACCUCAACCUAUUCCGCAACACAUAGCCAAAGACAAAAAGAAGUAUUGCGACUUCCACGAGUCAGCAGGACAUAGCACCUCCGAGUGUCGGCAUCUGAAAGAGGAAAUCGAAUAUCUACUCAAAGAAGGAUACCUAACGGAAUGGGUAAAAAAGUACAGGACAGACCAUCCUCCGGAAAGACGCGGCCUCGGUGCUUUACAGAAUGACAGGGCUGAUGAAAAGCAGAACGAUACUCAAUUUGUAAGAGAAGGCAGCAUCAGGAGCAUAUUCGGGGGACCUUACAUAGGGGGAGGCAGUCGAAAGGCAAUGGAGAAAUAUGCUAAGGAAGCGAAGGACUACCCUCUUACCAACGUGAACCACCUAUCGGCCAGAGCCCCACGAGUAUUUAAGGGAGAAACCAUGGACAUCACCUUUACGGAGGACGAUGCGAGGUGGGUACACCAUCCUCAUAAUGAUGCUUUGGUGAUCGCCAUCCGCAUCGCUGCCUUAAAUGUUCAUCGAGUAUUUGUCGACAAUGGUAGUUCGGUCAACAUUCUCUACUUCGACACCUACAAGAAGAUGGGAUUACCAGAUAAAGACAUGACCGUAGAGAAUCUCUACAUAUAUGGCUUCGGAGGGGAGGCCAUUAAAGCCAAAGGAACCAUACGCUUGCCAGUCACCUUAGGAGAGGCUCCACGAGCGGCCACUCAAAUUGCCGAGUUUGUGGUCAUCGACCAUCCCUCAGCGCAUAAUGCACUUAUGGGACGCCCCCUCUUGAAGGACAUGAGGAUAAUCACCUCCAUUUAUCAUCUUACUUUGAAGUUCCCCACUCCUGGAGGAGUUGGUUGUGUGAAGGGAUCCCAAUAUGAAUCUCGCGAUUGCUAUGGCCGGUCACUCAAGAAUUUUCGAGACAGAAGGGGAGUGCCACUCCAUGAAGAACUUCAUUCGGUCCAUGCUCUCUACCUCGUUCAGUAUCCAGAAAGCGACAGUGAAGACGCGCCCAGCCCCCCACCACUCGGAGGACGCGUCCCUCACAAGGGCGAGCCCACUCCUGUCGAUGAAUCAACGUCCGAAGAAUGUGAAGAAUUGGUUAUCGAAAUGGAAGAGGCACCUCCAAAGAAAGUCAGGAGGAUGGAUCAACGGGAGAUCGUCAUGGAGUUAGAGGAGCCCUCUCCUCCCAAAGAGGUCUUUAAGGACGUGCCCUCAGAACCAAAGGAAACCUUGCACCAGUUCGACUUCGACUUAGACCCAAGAUUACCCAUGCAAGUGCAGAACACGGGGCCAGCUGAAGAUACGAUCGACGUGCAAGUUACACCGGGGAGUGAUGGCAAGAUCCUGAAGAUAGGAUCCAAACUAGGUCCAGAGGUAAGGAGCAAGCUGAUAGAAUUCCUUACAAAUAGCCUCGACGUAUUUGCUUGGAGCCACGAGGAUAUGGUGGGGAUAGACCCGGCAGUUAUGUGCCAUCACCUGAAUGUCGACCCCUCUAAAAAAGGUGCUAGACAAAAGAGAAGACCCAUCAGCGGAGAAAGAGCCGAGGCCCUGCAGGAGGAAGUCGAUCGCCUCUUGAAAGCAGGAUUAGUGAAGGAGUCGUUCUACCCGAAAUGGCUAGCAAACCCCGUACUUGUCAAGAAACCCAAUGGGAAGUGGCGCACAUGCAUAGACUUCACGGAUCUCAACAAGGCGUGUCCAAAGGAUAGCUUCCCACUCCCUCGUAUUGAUCAGCUGGUAGAUUCGACGGCAGGACACGCCCUCCUCAGCUUUAUGGAUGCCUACUCGGGGUACAAUCAGAUUCCCAUGUAUGAACUCGACCAGGAGCACACCUCCUUCAUCACCGACAGGGGUCUAUAUUGCUACAUCGGCAUGCCCUUUGGGCUCAUCAACGCAGGGGCGACUUAUCAAAGGUUGGUGAACAUGAUGUUUAAAGAUCAGAUUGGGAAGACAAUGGAAGUGUAUGUAGACGACAUGCUGGUUAAAUCCAAAAAGGACGAUGACCACGUUGCCCACCUGUCUGAGAUGUUCGAAAUCCUAAGGAAAUUUAGAAUGAAACUCAACCCGCAGAAAUGUGUGUUCGGAGUGGAGUCGGGAAAGUUCCUUGGUUUUAUGGUUAACCACAGGGGCAUAGAGGCCAACCCAGCAAAGAUCAAAGCAUUACUGGACAUGAAGUCCCCAGCCAACGUUAAGCAAGUGCAAAGUCUGACAGGAAGGAUAGCCGCCUUAAAUAGGUUCGUGUCAAAAUCCUCGGAGAAAUGCAAGGAGUUUUUCAAGGCCAUCAAAGGUGCAUCCAAAGAUUUCGAGUGGACGGAGGAGUGCGAGGACGCCUUCAUAAAAAUUAAGAAACAUUUGGGCGAGCCACCCCUCUUAGCCAAACCUCAGGAAGGAGAGACGCUUGUCCUUUAGUUAGCCG